ACCAUAAUGGUGACAUUCCUGUCAAACGGCUCUCAUUCACAGCUGAGUGUGUGCGGAACCCCUCCUCUUAACACUAGGAUCGUGGGGGGUCAGGAUGCUCCUGCAGGGAGUUGGCCAUGGCAGGCCAGUCUUCACAGUUCAGGCAGCCAUUUUUGUGGGGGAUCCCUCAUCAACAAAGAGUGGGUGCUGACUGCUGCUCACUGCUUUUCCAGUAUCAGUACAUCAAAUUUGUUGGUCUACAUGGGUCGUCUGAGCCAGCAGGGCUCCAACCCCAACGAGGUGACACGGACAGUCACUCAGAUCAUCCUCCACCCCAACUACACCAGAAGUACCAGUGACAACGACAUGUGUCUGCUGAAGCUCUCCUUCGCUGUGACUUUUACAAACUUCAUUCGGCCAGUCUGCCUAGCUGCACCAGGCAGCUCCUUCCAUGAUGGGGCUACUAGCUGGGUCACCGGCUGGGGCAGAAUCAGCAGUGGAGUGUCCCUGCCCUCACCACAGACCCUACAGGAGGUGGAUGUGCCAGUAGUGGGGAACAGGCAGUGUAACUGUAACUAUGGAGUUGGUUCCAUCACCGACAACAUGAUCUGUGCUGGUCUAUCAGCAGGAGGAAAGGAUUCCUGUCAGGGGGACUCGGGAGGUCCAAUGGUGAGCAAACAGGGUAUUCGCUGGAUCCAGUCUGGGGUUGUGAGUUUCGGCAACGGGUGUGCCCAGGCAAAUUUCCCAGGAGUGUACGCAAGAGUGUCUCAGUACCAGACCUGGAUCAACACCCAGAUCACCAGUGACCAGCCAGGAUACGUCACCUUCUCCUCCAGUGGGACUGAUUCUGACCUCAGUGUCUCCUGUAAUGGUCUUCCAGCCCCAGCCACCACCACAACUGCCCCUACGACCACCACUACCACCACAACUGCCCCUACAACCACUACCACCACAGCUGCCCCCGUGGUGUGUGGCAGUGCCUCUUUGAACUCCCUUCCUGAUGGGGGCUUGGCCUCGGGGGGAUCCUGGCCCUGGAUAGCCAGUCUACAGACAAACGGAACACACGUCUGCGGGGGAACAAUGGUGGCAGAGGACUAUGUCAUGAGCGAUGCUGGGUGCUUCUCCAGUCAGUCCGACGCCUCUCAGUGGACCGUGAUCAUGGGUCGUCUGAAGCAGAACGGCUCCAACCCCAACGAGGUAACCCUUAAAGUCAUCAACAUCACCAUGAGCAACUUGACGGCGAACAACGUGGCCAUCCUCCGACUGGCCAGCCAACCCAAGUUAUCUAACUACAUCCAGCCUAUCUGUGUGGACCAGGGAAGCAACACCUUCAGCAUUGGGACUCAGUGCUGGGUGGCUGGCUGGGACAAGGACCAGGGUGGAG